CGAUUCGUGUGGUCGCGACGCCCGCUGCGAGUCCACGUAGCAACCCGUGUGAAACCCGUGAAAAGACGCGCGCGUGGUGCCUGUGAAAAAUGGCGGCCGUCCGAUGGGGUCAACCAUGGUGGUCCAGAGUGCUCGAGGUCGUUCCUGCACCGUGCGCCGGCCUCUCCUGCACCACGAAAAAGUGAACGUUCUUGCGUUAUGUUCGCGAAACGCCGCGUCGCCGUCGCUUUCUCGAGCCCCGACACGGAUCUCGGGCUAACCAGCUCCGCAAAACCUCCAUUGUCCGCCCUUCGGAACGAGCCGUGGAUCGUUACGAGGAUCGAGGAUGCCGUUCGUCGCCGAUCGAAAGUUCGUCCUGUGAUCCCGCGAGCCCGCUUUCCCCGGAGAACCGCGAUUUUCGUCGACGCCGCUGGCCCCGGGUGCCAUUUCAUGAAUGGAGGACGCGUCGGCGAAGGACAGACGAUGGUCCCAGGUGGUUACUGACCGGUUAGGCACGGUUUGAGAGGUUCUUAGCGUGCGCCGAGAAAGCACCGAUGAAAACAGUCUGGUGUUUGCAUCAUGGAAAGUGAUUUCCGAGAGGCCCCGAGUACCCGGGUACCAUUUUAUGAAUGGAGAACGCGUCCAGGGACGAGCUAACAUGGCUCGCUGUGGUCGCUGAUCGGUUAGAGCCGUUUUACAAGUUGUUACUACAAAUAAUCGAGCGAGAAAGACUAUGCUCGCCUGUGGAUAGUGAUUUUCGAGAGGUCGCAGAUUAUGGUUACCAUUUUAUGAAUGGGGAACGCGCUCUAGGGACACGGUAGCACGUACCGGAGGAUGGUUUACCGUGGUCAUUGACCGAUUCGAGACGUUCGGCGAUCGUUCGAGGCGCCUGAAAUGGGAUUACUGAACGAGGAGAACCGUUCUCGUUUCCUUGAAAGUGAUUCGCAAAUUGUUUCGAGGCUCCGGUUGCUCCGUUUUAUGAAUGAGGAACGCCUCUAGAAAGUAGAUAGCGGAUAGACGAUGAUGGCUCGCGAUGGUCGCAGACCGAUCGGAGAUGUUUGAGUCGAAAGAGCGCCGAGUGGAAGCAUCCGGGGGAACGAUUGACCGUUUUUCGGGACAGACUCCAGUUACCGAUCUAUGUUACAAGUGAUAUUUAUAUAUACAUACAUAUAUAUAUAGGGAAAAGAAACUAUUUCUUGUGCCAUGGACUGGCGGAGGGCCGUGUUGGCGUUUCUAUUGAUCACAAUAGCGAGGCACAGCAGCACACACGCGGCCCAAAUACCCCAGCAGCCGGCGACGUCCACCGCGGCGAUAGCGAGUACGGUGCAGAUCGAGUGCGCGAGCGAGUCGAUAAUCGUUCGCAUCUCGACGGAGGGCAACACGGACUUCCAUGGUCUGGUGUAUCCGCGGGGCCUGUCGAAGAACAGCUCCUGCCUUCAGGAGUACAGGAGCCAGCCCACCCCCAUAACUUACAACCUGCCCCUAAGGUCUUGCAACACCAUGCCCACCGAGCUGGACGACGGCGGUAUCGAAUACUUCAACACGAUAGUGGUGCAGCCACACCUGAAGCUGGUCACGAACCAGGGCAGAGGUUUUCACGUGAGAUGUCGGUACCAGACGCGAGACAAAGUGGUAACGAACGACCAGACGCACGUGGCCAUGUUACAAUCCCUGCCGUUGCAGGCAACAGCUCCUAUGCCAGGAUGCACGAUGAAGAUCUUUAACGGAGAUCCAACGAGGCAUCAAGUGGCGGAAAACGUGAAGAUCGGGGACCCCCUGACCUUGGUCAUUAGCAUCGACAAACAGGAAAUGUUCGGCCUGAAGAUCUCCGAUUGCCUGGUACGCGAUGGACUCGGAUGGGGGGAGCAGAAGCUCAUAAACGAUGAAGGUUGCCCGGUGGACGGCGAGAUUAUGGGACAAUUCACGUACAACGAGGACAAAACGGAGGCGAAGGUGAACUUCCAUGCGCACAAAUUCCCUUACACAGCUAGUGUCUACUACCAGUGCAACGUCAGAAUGUGCGUGAAACACGACGGAGGAUGCAGCAUCACGCCGCCGGCUUGCAAUUCGGUGUCGAGACGACGCAGGGACACUGCGAACAACGCGGUGAAAAACGUGGAGGGCCUCGACGGUGGUACAGAGGCAACCAUAGAGGUCUACAGCGGACUAUACGUGAACGAAGCCUCGGACAUUGGCUCCAGGUCUGAUUACAGCGAUGACGUCGUCAGAGAAAGGGCGACAGACGAUACAGACAGCAUCUGCAUCUCGCAGAGGAGCUUCGCCAUCGGCAUCGCGAUCGCGGGUCUGAUCCUCAUGUUAGCAGUGGUAGCCGCCAUUCUGGUACUACUAGCAAAGAGACGACACAAGAGCGUCUCGACGACAGGCUCGUCCAUCUACAGCGGCCCGUACACGAACACCGCGUACAGUCACAGCAGUUAAUUGAUCGCGUGAACCCCGGGAGAUUGCGAACCAACGAGAACGAUCAAACAGAAAAACGAUUUACGAGAACCGGCAGAAGAGAAACGAGAAGAAAUUCAAGGACGAAGAAGGAACUCGAGACGAGGUGUCUAACUUCGGAGAAGUCGAUUUUUCUCAGUCGACGACCUUGAGGGACGAUCUUCCGAAAAGAGAAAAAGAAAAAGAGUAUCGGUUCUAGGGUCGCGGCGGGGUGCCGAGAAUUUAGAUGGAUUUAAACGAGGAUACCCUUUGCUCAACUUUGCCGAUGUUAUUGUCUCUAUUUGUUCAUCGAGGAAGUAGUUAUGGGUCCGGUCGCGUGUGAAGAAGGUAUCGAGACCACUCCAAGCGUGGUCGACGCUAUUUCCUACCGGUUUCGCGGAGAUCUUGCCAUCUUGGUAGCUUUUACUGUGCGCUACUCAGAAAAGUCACUUUUUUUUUUUUAAUAAAGUAGAUUUUCGAGGACAACGGACACGAUUUUCAUGAACUUUUUGAGGCAAAAGUAGCUGUCUUGUGAGAGAAAAAUGAACUUCCAGAUUGCUGGUUCUUGAAGAAGAUGAAAGAUUCUCAAAUACACUAAAAAAAUUCUCAAGGAAGCAAAAAAGAUUCUCGAGAAGUAACUAAGGCUUCGAGGAAGCCAAAAAAUUGUUCUUUCGUGGAGAAAAUAUCUGCCUCUCAAAGGAAAUAGAAUAGCUUCCCCGCGACCCCGCCGAAUUUCGGCCACUGCCCGCUCGAUACCUUCUAACUGCACGAUAAUUCCAUGGUGCCCCAUGAACUAUCGUCUUCCGAACACGUGCCGCGACCUUCGCUCUAGAGAAAAAUCGUAGCCUAGCCCCGCGACUUGGAACGAAUCGACAUGAACCUUUUAGGAUUAAACUCUAAUAUAUAUAUAUAAAUCUAUAAAUAUAGAUACAUGUAUGUUAUAUAUAUAUAUAUACAUAAUUAAUAUUAUUAUUAUUCUAUACAUACUGUAUACUAGUCCGGUAUACGCUGUCCUAGCUAACCCUAGCAGCCGCACUAAAAAUGUAAACGAGAAAACGGCGCGCACUAUUCGCGGAUAUUCUCUGGCCCUAUGUUAUCACCGUUACAUUAUUCCGGUUGCUAAUUUAACUGAUAUCAUCCGGUCUAGCGUUUAAGGUGAAGUCAGCUAGAACAGAGGGACUGUCUUAUGCGCAUCAAACGCCCCAGUGAUCUUCUACGUAACGAAUCUCCUUGUUUCUUCGACUGGCGCGCCGGUGUUGGCGCGUUCACUGUCCGCCGUCCAUAGCAAUACCCUUUUCCCUAUUUAUAGUCAGCCGAAUGGUUCAUUUACACUGUUCGCAUCGAGAGGAAACGGUCUUCGAUCGAGCCAGCUGAGAACAUCCGCAGGGAUCCUCGAUUCUUGAGAUCGACGCGAUCGAGAAGUCAACAGGUCGAUCACCGUGUAAAUCGAACAUAAAAAUUCAUUCUGAUUUCCCUAAUCUUGAGUAAACUGGACUAUGCUGUAACAAAAAGGUGCUUAAACAUCUUGCUUCACGCGAUGAUCCCAAACGAAAUUAUUUCAUUAAACUACUGGAAAUAAUCUGUUGGAUUAUUGAAACUGCUAUUGCUAUUAAACAAUUAUCCCGAACUAUGAACAUAUUAAUGCCCUGAUCAAGGGUAUAUACAUAAUACUCUAGGUCAAUUUUCGAAAAUUAGUUUAUUAAAUUCGUUUAUAAAAUGUAGAUUCAAUAUCUUCCUCUGAUCGGCAGAAAUUGAUCCUGAAUGGUCCUGAUCGAGAUUCCAUGAUAACAACAUGUUAACAAUGAUACCUACUCAAAGAUGUUCAACUGCCCAGAUAAUUAUAUAUUCUAAACUAAAGAAGAAAGCUGAUUAGAAUUUCUGUUUCAACUUGCUUGUAUCCCCCAAGAAUGCAAGUAAUUGGCCAUAAAGAGUAACAAGGCCCUCAUACAGGAUCGGCCGUUCUCGAUCCCAGACCAGUUUCCCCAAGUUUAAACGAAUUGUAGUUCUCCUGACCGACAACUCAAUAGUUGCACGAGAUCUUUUGGAUAUUGCGUGCUUCCUACGAGUCCGCGUGCUUCGUAUUACGUGAGAUUAGGUCCCGUUGACGGAAAAAUGAGGGAACACUGUCGUCCAUGUAUCAGAUAGCGAUGAAUUGUCGGAUCGAAUUCAUGAAUUAUAAAUGAGAAGCCUCGACGUGUUUUUCCGACAACGCGACCCUCGCAUGAGUGUGGCGAAAAGCGAGUGUAUAAUCCGAUUGUAAUCCAUUUAUAACGCUUAAACGUAAAUUAGUUUAAUUGAAUCGAGGUGCUGCUCCGAUGUCGGUACUCCUUGAGCGGACCAAUUUCGGUUUCCCGCGGACGAACUCCAGGAAACACGUUUACAAUUUUGAUUCACCGAAAGGAUAUCGACGAUUUCGUGAAAGUCGAGCCAGAAAUUUUGUUAGUCCUGCUCAAGGCCUAUUCAAGGUUUUCGGCUAACCAGGAGUGCGAAUUUUUGAAGUUCGGGUUCGUCCACCGGAACCGGAAGUUCCUUCGAUUCUUCCGCGACCGAAGACAGCUUCCUCGGAACGAGCACUAUUGUGGCCGGUUUCAAAAGCGCGAUUUCCGUGCUCGAGAAUCGAGAGAAGCUGGAGAACCGACUCUUAGAACUGUUCUUAAUUGUUAAUCGUCGCGAACGAGAGGAACAAACUGCUAGCAUAAAUUGGUAGCAGUCGCGUAACUGGGUCCAACGUGGUGGUGGGUACAGAUCGUAAAAUUUACAUUUAAAGAGUGACAAUGGAAGGACACGCCAGUGUAACUCGUAACCCAUGGAUUCGAGAAGUAUCUAGAUGAAGUAUCUAAAGAAUUUUUCGAUUCGGUUUUUACGAAGGCGAUUAUGGCGACGCUCGCCCUUCGAGGAUUUUGUCUUUGCUUUUUAUGUCUAACUGGGAACAUAUUGUCGCCAGAACUUCUAAGUAUUCUUGAAUUAUUCGUUUUUGCGUUAAUAACGUACCGAAAAGUUUCAGAAAUAUUUUAUAUAGUAUCGUUUGAAAUACUAUUUGGAAUAUCUGUUUAUGUUCUUUGACUACUAUUAUCGUCGUAUCGAUACUUUGUGAUUGGUUAUUAGAAAUUCUGAGACGCAAUGUUCCGCGAAUUGGAACCAAGUGCAAUAACGUGAAGCGAUCGACAAUCCGGAGGGCUUUCGUCGCGGAUUGGUCACACUCGACGAACGUAUGGCAAACGUGAAUGUCAACGUUCGAUUGUAGCACUUUGGCAUUGGUUCAUAGCGACAUUGGGGACGAAAAUGCCUGUAUAGAGACUUUUUUUAAGGACACGCGAAACUACUCAAUGUCCCGCAACGUUUCUCUGGACCCCUGUCAACAGAACUUACAACGAACUUUGUGUAAAUAACGAAAACGUAAUAAAUCUUGUAACCAUAAACGAA